ACCAGCAGUAAUGACAUGGCUGGGCACCUCCUCCUCCUGUGACACCGUGAGGCACCAGGGGAGGAGGACAUGGCUUUGUACCUCCUCGCCUGUCAACGUGAGGCACCAGGGGAGGGGGACAUAGCUGGGCACCUCCUCUUCAUGUGACAGCGUGAGGCACCAGGGGAGGAGGACAUAGCUAAGCACCACCUCUUGUGACACCGUGAGGCACCAGGGGAGGAGGACAUGGCUUUGCACCUCCUCGCCUGUGUCACCGUGAGGAGGAUAUAGCUGGGCACCUCCUUGCCUGAGACAUCGUGAUGCACCAGGGGAGGAGGGCAUAGCUGGGCACCUCCUCCUCUCCUGUGACACCGAGGGACACCAGGGAGGAGGACCAACGAGUGUGACCAGCAGUAAUGUCAUAGCUGGGCACCUCCUCCUCGCCUGACACCGUGAGGCACCCGGAGGAGCACAGUGUGUGGUCACAGUGGCCAGUAGUAACCAGCCAGCCAAGCACUGCAUACCUACACUACCACCACCACUGGUGCUUGCCCCAGGAGAAAACAGUCAGCGUGUUACUCAUUGUUAUUGACGAAGGAAACAAAAACAAUGAAGCCCCAAGUGUGUGCCGCCGCCGCCGCCGACCCCUCCAGCCUAGGCCUGGCUCUGAGGUUGUCGCUGUCGCAAGUUAUAAGGGGUCGUGUCAGUGUAUGUGGGCGUGAAAAUCUACAGCUACCAUUGCUGUCACAAAUGCUGCUGUCUCCUGGGAACAUGAGCAUCAGAGAGGGUAAAGCUGGGAGGCGGAGCGAUUCUGUGUGGUCUCACUUUACCAAACGCUGGACUGAUGACAAACAUUAUGUUGUGAUUUGUAUUCACUGUAAGCAGAGGGUUAGUGCAAAAGUUGACAGGCUGAGGAGACACUUGCGGAAGUGUAUCUCGUGUUACAUUAUCCCAAAACCUGACAUUGAGGGAAUGGAGGACUGUCCAUUGGCCGGCUCUAGUGAUCCUCAGCCAAUAGCCUCUGAGUGUCCCUCUGUAGACGCUUCCUCCUCCGGGCUUUCUCCUCCAUGGAAAGUGGAGAAUGUCCUUAUUGAUAGUAAGGAUUCUCCACACUCCCCGUCCGCAAUGGCGAACCAACAGUACUGCCUCAAAUGGAACAACCAUCAGUCAAACCUGCUACGAGCCUUCGACCGCUUGUUGCAAUCUGAGUCGUUCACCGAUGUGACCCUGGCCUGUGAGGGCAAGUCUCUGCGGGCACACAAGGUUGUGCUGUCAGCCUGCAGUAGCUACUUUGAGCAGCUGUUUGAGGAGCAUCCAGAUAAAUCUCCAAUCAUUAUCCUGAAGGAUAUGAAAUUCACUCAUGUCUCACAACUUGUCAACUUCAUGUAUAGGGGAGAAAUCAACAUCACACAGGACAUGCUGUCAGGCCUCCUCAAGACUGCUGAGACUCUGAAGGUGAAGGGUCUUGCAGAGGUGUCAGGAGAUCAGCCUGCGGCACAGACAACCAACCCAAUCCCACCCAUCCUGCGGCUUGGGGCGACCUUACCCCAGAUGAUGCCUCCCACCUCCUCUCCUCUCACCACAGCCCUCAAUGCACCAUUGGUCACGCCACCCACCCUUGCCCCACUUGCAGCACUGCUAACGCCAGAGGGUCUGGGUCUAGAUGAACGACGAGCAAACCUUCUCAAGCGCAUGAGCCAAGAGCAUGAGGCAGCUGGGGUGGCCAGUGUGAUUGGUGGAGGGGGAUCAGCAACAAGUGCAGCAUUAGGUGGAGGAGCAACCACUAUCCAUGAGCCACCUACAAAGAUGGCACGCCAUGAACGGGAAGAGGAGAAGGAGAGCCACCACCAGCAGCAACAGCGACAAGAACAGCAGCAACAGCAGCAGCGACAAGAGCAGCAGCAACAACAGCAGCAGCUUCCCCAUUCAUCUAUGUUUAUGAGCCCACAAGAUAAGAUUGCCACGACCAGCUCCCCCAUGCAGAAUGUCCUCACCCCCAUUCCUCAUGAACUGACGGUCAAUGCCCGCCAAGAGCUGCCUGACUUCCUGAAAUCCUACACCAUUUUCAAGCUGAAUGACUAUCUUGGCUUCCGAACAAGACAACAGUUUUGGGAGGAACCUGCUGUUAGACGCAUCUUGGAAGGCAUCAAGAACAAAGAAAUUGAUAUGAAGAGUGCAGCAGAACUCCUCGGUGUGUCAUAUGGUACCUUGUAUGGGCGGUAUCGGGAGGUCUUUGGCUAUCUCAAACACUCGUGGGUGAACAAGCAGGGACGAGGUGGUGGAGCAGCCCAAAAAGAGCGCUCCAUAUGGGAGGAGGCCCGUGCACAGGAGCUCAUCCAAAGGGUACUCAACAAGGAGCUCUCCUUGACAGCUGCAGCAGUGAGGCUGGGAGUGGACACAAAUACCUUCUUUGCCCAUGUCACUGAUAAUGGAAAGAACAAAGUGCGUGUGGCACUUCUCUUGGGCACUGAUGGUACUACCACUACCACAACUACACCCACAACCACCACAUCCAGUGACACCACAGUAGCUGCCACUGCCUCCUACGUUAAUGCUAAUGCCAAUCACAGUGAAGACUCCAACUCGGCAAACCCUUCCUCAGCGGAUCCUGCAGGUGAGGACUCCAAUCCACCCGGGAACAAUGUUGGUGGUGGCCAGGCAAGCGACGAUAGCAAUGCAGAGAGCCUGGCAGAAAAUAUGGAAGUGGAGUUGAAUGGAGAGAAGGGGGACAAUGAGGAGGCAGAGGUCUUGGACAAUACAAGGCAGGCAAGACCCACCCUGGCACUUCAGGAGGCAAAUACAGGAGAUAAUGGCCAGACUUCCCCUCAUACCAUGGAAACCUUCCAGUCUAUAGUCGAGGAUGAUGGAAACAGUGUGUAUGCUGAUGCAUCUUAAGGUGCAAAAUGGAUUAUGCUAUUAUGGUCUAUUUUAAGAUGAGUUUGAAUUUAAUCCAGCACAAUUUUUGCCCCUCCACUUACCACUGCUAUACAGCAUGAAACAGACGUUGGAGAAAGUUGUUGUUAUGGUUAAAUGUAAUGGCAACAUGUGUAUGGUGUGGAGAUGUAUAUGGCACUGCUAUUCAAGUCAGGACUGCAUUGUGUUUGAUGUGGAAUGGUUGAACUGGAAAAGUUUGAUACCAAAUGAAAGUGAUAUAAAAAGUUUGUCAGGGAAAUUAUGAAUAAUGAGAAGCAAGGAAACUGUAUACAAUAUCUCAAGGACAGUCCUGUGUCUGAAUAUUGUCUGUUCUUUGGUGUGCUUUAUCAAGGAAGGAAAGCAAGUUGCAUAUCUAUUUUGGGCUCAAGAUAUGUCAUGAGAAGCUCAGAGGCAUUAUCCUCACACCAUAGCGUUUGAUAUGGUACAAGUAAUGGUACAACAAGGCUAAGGACUUUUAUUCAGUAUGGUAGAAAUAGUUUUAUCAAAGUGAUGUAGACUCUGUUAAAGGUCCCCCAAAUACAGUGCGUUGGCAAGUAAGUUUGUGUUUUGAAGUGUGGCCCAGUAUGUUUUUUCUGCUCUAGUAAGGGUAGUUCAACUAAAUGUGUUGAAGUGCCAUGGUUAUUUUCUUCCUUCCCAGAAUGAUGUAUCAAGUUGAGACCACAUUUUUAUAUUUGUGAUAGGGUACAUGGACCUACAUCAGAUGUUAUUUAGAUGUUACAGUUUUCUCAAAUAAUAUAUUAAUUUUCAAAGAGUGAACCUGCCUAUUUAACUGUAUUAAUAGUACAUUCAUUGAAAAUUAUCUGUAAAUUGCUAAAGUCUUCUGCAUGAUGUAUUUUUUUCUGUGAAUUCUGUAUCAAAGUUUAUUCUGCUUACAUUGAGCAGCUUAUGCAACAUGGCUUUGACAAGUAGGUCAAAGGAAACGGCAAUAUUAAGUGAACCCCCAAAGAUUUAUCUAAAGGAUUCUUAUCUAAGCAUACCAUAUGAUGGUUUGCACCUUACAUAGGGAUGCCAGUUAUAUUACCUUCAGAUUUUUUUUAUAGUGGUGUUUACUGUUGCUGGUAUUCAUAGGGUUUUAUAACAUACUUAUUACUUUCAAAUCAUGGCUAUCAUGUUUUCAUGAUGAUAGUUUUAUUUAUUUGUUUGUUUCACAGCUCCAAAACAACAUCUUGGUAACAGUAAAGUCACUUGUGGAAAAAAAAGAUAAGGCAAAUAAGGUCUUAAUUAUCCUUAAAAGCAGAGUUAGUACCUCAUCUGAUUUCAGCUUAGAUAUCUAAUAAAGUUAUUGUUGUAGGGUUUCCAAUAUUUUAGUGUUUAUAAAGAAGGGAGGUGGGUUGGGGCAAACUCUUUGGCUACUUGACGUACUGAAGUUGCUUGUUGUUUAGAGAAACUGACAACCAUGAAGUUUGUAGUAUAGUACCUAUGUAAUUACUUAUCAUUGUAUGUAAUGCUGGAGUGCAUAUUUUUACAGGGAUGGGCUUAGCUGAUCCCAUAGUUUGAUAAGACUUAUGAAGCAUGGGUUUGCAUGUAUGCACUGUGUUAGUAGUUGUGCAUUCAUAGUUGUUGUUUCUAUGUUGACAUGUAUUGAUUGUUACCACUACUCUUUUUGCCUAACCACCAGAUUUUUCUCGAGUGUUAUCUGCUUCACUCAAGGCGUCAGUCUAGCUGACAUUCCAUGGGCGGUGCACACAGGCUACGUAAGAUACAGGCAGGUGUGGUUGUUUGUUAAGAGAAGCACAGGCUUGUUUCCAAAGAUUGUUUUUCUCUAGACUCAGAAUAUGUUUGUAAGAUGGUCUUUACAAAGAUGAUUUAUAAGAGAUACAAGAAUUUUGUACUUGCAGCUUAAUGUAUCUGCCAAUUUAGCAUUAAUAAUCUUAUUCUUUGGUCUCUUUAUAUUCAUAAAGACAGGCUUUGUUUGAGAGAAAAUCGUAACACAUGUCGAGCAGGUUGAUAAGUUUAAACCUUGUGAACAAAUGCAAAGGAAAGCAAGAGAGCAGGGCUUUGAUGAUCAUAGUGAACAGCCAUCAAAUCCUCUUUUGACCCUCUUUUGCAUCUCCCUCUGUUCCAAAGAAAAUCAAAAGAAUUUAUGUUACAUUGUGCCCAAUUCACUUAACAUUUAUUAUUAAUGUAGAUGUGUUUGGUUCAUUUGCUCAUUAUUGAUAGUUUAUAUUAGACUUUAACAUUUGAAGCAGUAUACUUAACCUGAUUUACUUUCCAAGAUUUGUGAUGCUUUGCCAGUUUCAUAGUCACGAGCACAAGGAUCAAUUACUGUCCACGUUUUUAUUAAAGGAUUUUCAAGUAGACUGUAGAGGAAUGUGACCAAUAUUCAGACAGCUUAGGAGGGCGUGCUAAGAAGGCUAGUCUGCAUGACCACAUGUGAGCCAUGUAAGUUCUCUGGAGUUUAUAGAUGUGUGGAAAGCUUCAUGGGCUCUUGGACUGUACAAGUACACUCAGACUGUUGGAUGAACUGUGUUUGCCUCAAAGAUGAUUUAUCUCUUUUUAUUAUAGGUAUAGUUAAUGUUUGCAGUUGUUUUGUAUCCAGACAUUUCUCUCCACACAGAAAGGUUCGUUGUUAAAGGUGUGCCUGGUGCGUACAAAUUGAACAUUUCUCAUCUACUUCAAGUGUGAUUGUGAGUAUUGUGUAUUCUUGAAUAUUCAGAGUUUGUCUUUCAGUGGGAUUCAUUUGAGGAAAGGAUUAUGUAAAUGAUGCAUUUUGUUCAAAUUUGCCCCUGAUCACAAUUGGUCUACUUCAUAAUAAUUGUUCCCUAUGAAUUUUGUCAUGUGAGAAUACAUGUUUCCCUGAUAUGAUCAGUUUGACUUCAGAUACCUCACUUACUUAAAGCAAAAUGGGGAGUGGAGACCUUUCACUACAAAAAUAUGGUCCAUUUUUAUGAAUUUACUUAGUUGAAAACCCUCUUUAGAUAUACACAGCAUUUUUAUUUUUGUAUUGCAAUGUAGGUACCUUGAUUUUUUUUAUAUGUCUGUUACUCUAACAACUGCCAUUUUCAAUGUAUCUUAUCAGUUGUUUACUCUCCGAAGUGGCCUUAAACCGGGAGUGUGAGAUAAGCAACACACCACAGCACGUUCCAGAAAAAACAGCAACGAGCCUUUUCUCUCUAUCUCUCUCUCUCUCCCAGUUUUACUAUGUAGUAAUAGUGUAAGACGCUUUCUUUAUCAUGUGGCACAGAUCACCUUUAUUUAGUUAGUUAGUUCUCUUGAGGCUUAUUUGCAACCUUGUGUGUUGGAUAAAUAACUCUUUUUAGAACUAAUAUACCUAAUUUAAAUUUAGUGGUCCUGGUAAAUGCUAUAUAUACAUAUAUAUAUUGUAUAUCUUUUUCUAUUACAGUGUAAGUCAAUGUUCAUACACUUCAGAAUGCCUUGUUCCUUAGGGUGCCUUAAAGCAUAUUGUAUAUUACUAUUUUUUGUAACAUAACUGGGACACCUUGAGGUAAACAAUGGGUAAUUAAGGCCUAAUUAGCCAUUAGGUAUGUAUAACAAUAUAAUUACAGGAAUGCAAGUGUAUCACAAUAGUCACUAAUUCUAUUAUUAUUUUGUACUAUGCUGAUUUCUCAUGUUUAACAACUGUGAACUCUUUACCAAAGUAUUAAUAUUUAAUUGUCAUUUUACUCUAGCUUUAUGAAUAACUGUGGCCAUUAUUAAUAAAUUCAUUAGUAUGUGUGUGUGUGUGUGUAUAUAUAUAUAUAUAUAUAUAUAUAUAUAUAUAUAUAUAUAUAUAUAUAUAUAUAUAUAUAUAUAUAUAUAUAUAUAUAUAUAUAUAUAUAUAUAUAUAUAAAACAGCCUACAUUUGUUUUAGAAAAAAAAUUAUCACAUUGGUAUUUCACAUAUCAACAGUAGUAACUAUUAAGUACUUUAAAAUCUGCUUUAUAACUAAUUAAUUUCAGGGAUGAGCUCUUAUGGAUAGUAUGUUUUGAGUUACAGUAUUUUAACAGCUAGACAGGAUGGUUUGGCAUCAAGCUCAUUGUCAAGAUUGUGUUGGAAGGAGGAAUGCAGAAUAAUCAGAUGUGACCCUUAAAUAUACAGUACAUAGUAAAAAUCGAACAUGGAACAUGAAGUUUUUUGGAUUUGUGGAACUCUUACAACAGCUUCUAAAUCCUUUGCUUCUUUGUGCCGAAGUUUCAGAAAGUUGAGGCUGUCUGUCACCCUGUAGGAAGUUGAAGGUAGUUUGUGAAGCCUUGCAGCUCUCUGUUUACCACUCAUGUCAGUGUCAACCAGUUCACCAGUCAUGUAUUAAGGUGUUUCAUGUUCGUUUUUUUUUUUCAUAAUUUUCUUAAAUAUACAACAUAUAUUUUAUUUUUUGACCCUGUUACGAAAAUUAAACCGUGUACAUAUACUUUUCUUUGAAACCCACUUAUCAUCUCUGGGUAUAAGGGUCAUAUAUAUUAAGUUUAUAAUUUUUUAUAUGUAUGCAUAUAUAAUAAUAAAAUUAUGAUAAAU